AGGAUAUCGAAGUGAACGGUUCGCACGUCGCACGUCCAAUGGUGGAAUGUGGAAAGUGUGAGCUUUAGGUGCACAACGAGCUACGACUACAAAGAGUGAGGGAAAAGUGAACGACAAACAGACGCGUCACAACCGCAGACACUUUGUCAAGCGUAACGAUUAUUAAAGGCUUUCACAAAAACCGAACGAAAAGCCGAUAUUGAAAAACGUUUAAACAAAAAGUGAAAGCUCAUCGUCACCACAUUUACGUGGCGCAGCCAAUUUUGCUGGCAUUAACACGUUGGCGGCACAGCCGCCGCGGAGGCGGUGAAGCUGGCGAAGCACCAGCGUUGAAACCAAAAAAGAAAUUCGAAAGACUUUAAAGUUAAUAAAUAUACACAAGCCAUACACAUUAGUAUUCUCCAGAGUAGCCGCACGUGUGAAUAUGGGCGCUGACAAUGUAGGGGAGGUGGUGGUUGUGGAUGUUGUUCGCAGGUGAACAAUAAAUGUCAAGUACACACAUACAAAGUGUGCGCUUGCUGCAAACAAUGAAACAAAAGCACUUAACAAAGUGAAACAUCUAAAGUGAACUAGAAGACAGGAGCAAGUGUGUGUGACAGGAUGCAGAACUUAGCAGUGUAACGGUGAAUAGGAGAAAGCAACCUCUACAAAGACUGCGGCGAAGUUAGCGAGAAAAUCCUCAGCAGAUUUUUGCUGGCGUUUAAUUAAAAACGGAUAAUCAGUAUUUGACGACGUCGACAAGUGACUUAUUUGCAGAUUUUGCCGUCGACAAAUACAAGGGGCCCAAGCGGCUGAAGAGGUGGGUGAGCCGAAACUCAGCAGCAGUUAGUGGUGAAUGUUGUUGGCGACUGUGUCCUCGAUGGCUCACCCGAACUUAAACUGUGUUUCAUUGAACUUGGCAGGCACGAGGUGAUUUGUGAUUGACAGCCGGAGGAAAAGGGUGGUGAAAAUCUGUUGAUCAACAUUAUUAUGCUUCAAAGAAAUCAACAAAAGUUGCAACAACAAAAGCAGAAGUUUUGAAGGCUAAAACUGUUGCUGACCAAGCUACCUAGCAACAAAGCUUGCAACUUGGGUGACAAUGACAUUAUUGGAUUGUUGGAUGCAGCAAAAAUUCCUGAUGACUACCACCGUAUGGACACUAUUGAACCUGCAAUUGCAAUUGUCACAUCUACUGCAACAGAAAGUGAGAAUAUCAAUGCCUUUGAGACGUGAAGCAACGACCGAAGGGCUGAAAGAUAAAUUGCUGACCCAAAAUACACUCAAUGCCAUUUUCACUCCUGAAGACAACAACAAAACCAGCACUAACACCAAUUUUCAACUGAAAACAAGAACAACAGCUGAUUUCGGCAGAGGCAGCCAACAAAAAGUAAAUGGGAACUAAAUAGAAGAAAUAAAUUGAACCAAAUGAGGACUCAAAUAUAGAAAGCAAAGUUAUCCAGUAAAUUUAAGGUGGAGAAAUUGAUGCUAUAUGGCAAUUAAACCUGCAAUCAAUCGUGGUGCUGAGUACGACAGUCCAAAAAAGUAUAGAAAUCACAAAACAACAAUAAAAACGACAACAAUAUCCUGGAUAUAAACCCCCUCAAUUCCUCCACCAACACAAUCACAGGCCACAAACAGUACUAUCACUGACAGUUUCAACCUCAAAGCCAACAGUAAAGGCGAAACGGAAGCGUUAGCACGAGAGAUCAACGGCCUAUGAUAGACGCACGAUGUGCACGAACGUUGCAGCUAAGCCGGCGAACAGCAGUAGCAGCAACAACAGUAGCAAAGAGAGCAAUAACAAAGAGAUCAACAACAAUAUCCGCCACACAUACAGCGGUAGCCGACGCAAUAGCGUAGCGACAACAAUCGCAGCCAGCUUGGCCGUCAUCACCUACCUCGGCCACCCAGCCGCAUCGCAAGAAUUCACUGCUCCAUCAGCGGCAAGUGCAGCGACCACCCACCGGGAAUCUCGCAAUAUCAGCGAUUACGCGACGACUGAAAUACCAGCGGCAGCGGCGAUUGCAAAUCAUACAGUAAUUGCGGUGAAUUUCGAUUCGACUUCAGCUGGAAGAGAAACAACGCCAGCGUCUGCCAGUACCCCUGCCGACAUAGACACAUCCUCGCCAACGACCGUCAAAAGAAACGCGAUAUAUAGCAGCGCAAAUGCCUAUGUGUCUGCAGCGACGUCAACAGCAACGGCGACAGUGCUGGCUACCACCAUCGGCGAAGCAGAAGCGACUUUCAACGCAUUGGUGUACAACGACACCUUCACAGAGAGUUACAAUGGCAGCAUAUACAGCAACAAUAAAAGCAGCGACGAUGUCAACUUAACGGUACUCAACAUCACCGAUAUCGUUUCGCAAAACAACAGGGAUAAAUGGUUAAGUCUGUCGAUAUUCAUUGUGAAAGGCUUCAUAUUCGCUUUGAUUAUCUCAGCAGCGGUGCUGGGCAAUGCCUUGGUCAUCAUUUCGGUGCGCCGCAAUCGCAAAUUACGCGUUAUCACGAAUUAUUUCGUCGUCUCGUUGGCCAUGGCAGACAUGUUGGUGGCGUUGUGUGCGAUGACAUUUAAUGCGACGGUGGAGCUCUCCGACGGCAAAUGGAUGUUCGGCCGGUUCAUGUGCAACGUGUACAACAGCCUGGAUGUAUACUUUUCCACGGCGAGUAUUUUGCAUUUAUGCUGUAUCUCCGUCGAUCGAUAUUUCGCCAUCGUCCGCCCGCUCGAGUAUCCACUGUAUAUGACGACUCAUACAGUUUACUUUAUGCUCGCGAACGUGUGGAUACUCCCGGCACUUAUAUCGUUCACACCCAUCUUCCUGGGUUGGUAUACGACAGCUGAGCAUAAGCGGGAAAUCUUGUUGCAUCCGGAUCAGUGCUCAUUUGUGGUCAACAAGGCGUACGCAAUCAUUUCGAGUUCAGUCAGCUUCUGGAUACCAGGCAUCGUGAUGCUCUGCAUGUAUUGGCGCAUAUACAAAGAAGCGGUGCGACAAAGGAAAGCUCUAAGCCGUACAAGUUCGAAUAUUCUGUUGAACAGUGUACACAUGGGCCACACCCAAUCGACCAACCUCAAUUAUUUGCACCCAAGCGAUUGCGAACUAAGCGCUACGAUAGCGCGCGAGGAGACACAUAGCGCGAUCAGCAAUUUAGAGGAUAUACUGCCACAAACAACAGAUGAAGAUGAUGAAAAAGAUGAUUGUGAUGAAUUGCGAGUGCCAGCUCCGCCGCGUCGUCUCAGCCGCAGUAGCAUCGAUUUGCGGGACCUGGAGCAAGAACGGUACGAGAGAGUCACACACACCGACAGCGCUCCAUCAAUGAUCGCACUACAUCAUGCCGCACAACAACAACCAAAUGGUGAGGCCACGACCCUUAACCCUCAUAUUUGGACAGAAGGGCUUGGGGAGCUACAGCAAUCCGUUUGCAUUACGAAACGGUCCGCCUCUCCAAUUAAUUCUAAUCAGAACUCGCCGAAACAAUCGCCCAGCCAACAACAAAGUUUCAGCAGUAAGCAGUCUCUACAGGUGAGACAAAAAUUUUUGGAUUCAGAGCAAUAUCAACAGGUAUUUGGCAUGAUGAGUGAUGAUAGUGAGACCACCGACUAUUGCGACAAUAUAAUCCAAUUGGGAGUGAAGCAGCAGCAGUUACAGGCUCCAGCAACAUGCUUGCCAAUCGCAGAGGAUAAUAAAGAACUAAAGCGCCUCAUCGAAGACAGUUAUUUGUAUUUUAAGAAGCAAACGAAUAUGCAGAUUGGCGCUGAACCAAGCGAGCAACAAGAGACCGCUGGAAAUCGGAAAUUCCCGGCGCAUAGCGAAAGUGAUUUUAUCAAGAUGAAAAACGGUCGCAAUCGCAGUCGUAGUAGUGGCGGCAGUGAAGGCAAUGCCAAAAAACCGUGUGCUCUAAGUGAUUCUGAGUUCCUCAAGACAUUGGCUGACUCCACAAAUAAGCGAAAACAACUGGAAUCACUCACAGAAGGCGUUGUGAAAGAAGAUAAAAACAAAGUAAGAGACAAGGGCUUUACAUUUAAAGGUUUGUUAGCGAAAACGAAACGAUCAAGCACAGAAUGUUUUUCCAUCGAAAAGAAGCGCCACCAAGCCACGUCUGAAGAGAUACGCAGCAAUCGUGCACAACUAUUUCGACGGUCACGCAAUCGCAAGCUGUCACAUAGUUACAACGGAGGCAUGAGCCGGAAACAGGAGAUACAUUCGCGCCAACACAGUGACACUGAUUCCGAGGCCGGUUUCAUCUAUUAUUCGUACACUAUGGGGGAGAGUCAGGAGAGUUCGGCUACACGCUACAACACUCCUGACAUUUUACUCGAUAUCAAUGUGUUAAACGAACAAACGGAUGACUCUAUAAAAGACAAUAUUUCAGUUCGAACACACGAGUUCGAGAUAACUACGUCUCCACAUGAACAUAAUGGCUCAGUACAAUUAAUUGACUUGGGAGAUUCUCACGAAGUAGCUUAUAGCGGCUCAGACGACUUCUCACAAUACACCGACUGUCUUACUGAGUCCCCACAUAUACCAGCUACACCGCCACCGUCACUGUCGCCUUCCUCAUUAACCGAAGCUAUAGUUCCUGAUCAACCCAUUAAAUGCGCCAUUGAACUGCCGGAGAAAAGCAAUAUUCUCAUUACCUCGCGCACUGACCUGGUCGAGCUCUUCCGCUCUCUUAGUUUUCCCAUUGCAGAGCUAGGGACUACCACAAUCGAUUCGCCACACCGAAGGUUCCUUUCGUCGUCCAACUCUACCGAAUCCAAGUCAGGAAAGUCAGCAAAUCAGAUUAAACAGCGACUCAGCACACUCAGUGAUCAAGUUUUAGUGACAAAGAAUAGCACUAACUUUCUCAUGUCCCCACCGACAACACCAAACUUCAAUUCCGCACAAAAUCUACCGACAACAAAGGCUAAUGCCUUCUCAAGCGCGCUAAGUAACACAGUAAAUGUCUACUUUCUCUCACCACCACCAACAGCAACUCUGCAACCGUUCCCGAACAACUCACCAACAAGCAAUCCCUUCACCAGUGACACGACCACAUUAUCCUUGGACGUACUUACCUCAUUGUCAGUGCCGACGUCUCAGAGUCAACAAGCCUUGGCCGUGCACGCAACACCACCACAAGUGUCGCAAUGCAAGUCGCCAAAACCAGAAAUUAUACUAGACUCUACACUCUCGCCCACUUCGUUGCACAGCGGCAGUAAUGGCGACAUCGACGGUGGUGAUGGUGGCCUACUCACCAGCGAUGAGAAAGACUUGACUUCACCGUUAUUCAAACGUCACGACAGCGAGCCAGAAACAACAUCCACAACAAUACGUCAUCGCCCCAGCAUACUAGCAGGAGGCGGAGCUUAUAACGGCAGCAACGGUCAAUCAAUACGCAAACGUCAGGCGUCGGUGGUGACGUAUGAUGUCAAUGUCAUUAAUUUUUCACAGGACAACAGUGAUAGCCGCAGCUACAUACCAAUGGGUCGAGUAUCGACCAGCUCAGCAAAGCCGCAGCGGCCAACAGAAGUCGAUUUCUCGCAAAAGUCGUCACUCAAACGACGCGGCGGAAUCUGCAUAUUUGUCGAUGAGGAAGAGGCCAUUAAUAUGAUUGAACAAAAGACUGGUAGUGGCAACCAAGCCAAGUGCAUCACCUUCGAUACUGUGAACGUCGGCUACGAGAGCACCGAUAUGGCCAACGCGAAAGUCAAUAAGGCGGCCGUUAAGUGCCAAUUAUGCGGCGCCAAUACGAGGCCGCAAUUGCGUUUACCAGUUCCCGGCGGUCAGGGACAGGGUCACAGUCGAAGCGACAAACGUUUUUGGCACACGAAUCGUUGGUGGCACAAACGCAAGAACCGCCAGCGAAGGUCGGAGGAAUGCCAGUGCGGCGCUACCGGCGGCUCGGUGCGACCGACGAAAGGCUGGAAGGCUGAACACAAAGCUGCGCGGACCUUGGGUAUCAUAAUGGGUGUGUUCCUGCUUUGCUGGCUGCCAUUCUUCCUGUGGUAUGUAAUAACUUCUCUGUGCGGUGCGGCCUGCCCUUGUCCGGAUGUAGUCGUCGUGGUGCUUUUCUGGAUCGGCUACUUCAACUCCACACUGAACCCGCUGAUCUACGCCUAUUUUAACCGGGACUUUCGCGAAGCCUUCCGCAAUACACUGGAAUGUGUGAUUCCGUGUUUGCGCAAGCGCAACCCCUACGACGCCUACUACGUGUAGUACGCCAAAGUGGCGAGUGCUCAUGCAAAAAUGUAGUAAGUUUGUGUUCCUUGUCCAUGGUACACCACCUGCUCACAGGCAUAGCAGCGUGUGUACCAUGGAAAAUUUGUAGUGUAAUAUCAGCAGCUCGUGCUUCUUUCUACCUUACUCAGCAAACGAGAGCACUUCAAACAGUUUAUGUGAUAUGAAUUUGUAAGUUAAAGUUAGCGAAAACAUCAUUAUGUUAAAUUCCAUGUACGGCCGAAUGAGCCACACAUACAUACUGCAGAAUAGACCAAUGGACGUUGAAUAAGUAUGUACUUAAUUAUAUUUAGCGAAUUAUGUAUUUGAACUUGAGCAAACAUGUGCGAUCGCACGCGUAGAUAGCAUCACCUCAUAACACUUAGAAAAAGAUAAAUUUUGAAUUUAGUAUUAAAAUGUGCAUAUAUAUGUGUUAAAUUGAUGUACAUACCAUCAGAUGUGCUAGUUAAAUAGAUAUGUAGUCAAAAAGCAAUACUUGUAUAAACUAUCCAAGCGGAUCUUGUUUAAAUAUCGUAUGUAAUAUGCAUUAUGAAUAUGAGUUUAGUUAUAAAAAUAUACUUUAUUUGAUAUUUAUGAAAAUAAAAAACUAGGUUAGGUCGAAUGAUAGAUCUGCAAAGGAAAAGUGAUAGUAUAUAGAUUGCCGAGUUAAUGUGCGUUCCUCAUUCGUUUAGCAAAACCAAAUCUACAAAGUGGAAAUUUCGCUGCUUUCGCGCGAAAAUAGAAUAAAGGGGGUUCCCACCAUUCUCAAAUAACUGUUUCCUUUGACAUUUCUUACAUUUUCAAAGGUUUCCAUAUGCACUAUUCUCCCAAGUAUUCUACAAAAGAGGCUCUUGAGUGCUUUCGGCUAUAACCGCGUAAGCGGUGUCUACGCUAGUAAAGAAGAAGAUUCUACAAAGGAAUUCUCUGUGGAAAAUUUGUGUAACUGCCGUUCGGAAAGGAAUUAGCCGAUUGACGCGGUAGAUGAGUGGCGAAGCGCUUUGAAGUUAUUGGCAAAUACGGGUAUUUUGUAAUCCCUCUUACCUACGCACACAAAUUAUAGGUAUUUAGGAUUCCUGCAGUGAAAUGAACCAGUUGGUAACAAUAUAACUGAAAAGCAAGAAUCACAGUAUUGUCGUAAAAGCGAUGUUUGACUGUAAUUUUUGAAAUGUUGAUCUCCUCAACUCCAAACAUCUAAUAACACGGUAUUCCAUUUGCACCCCACAUAGCUUUCUGAAAUGGUUUUAUGAGGUUAACUUAUUGAUUGCUUUAGAUGGACUUAAACUAGAAUACCUAUUGUACAAGUACUUAUUAUAUUGGGUAGUCGAAAAAGUCUUUUCGUAUUUUGUCAUACCAUAUAGUGUCGGAAAUGUGCGAUUUUACGCUUCAUUUAACCAAAAAAAUUAAAUUCGGGGGAGUUGAAAAAAAGUUACAGCUGUUCAAAAAUGAAUGAAAAUAAUGAAGAAAUUCGCUAUAUUUUGAAAUUUUUGUAUAAAAAAAGGGAAAAAUGCCACACAAGCCGCCAAUGAAGUUUGUGAAUUUCGAAAUUUCGAUUUACACUGAUGGAAUAAUGUCUCUAGCGACAAAAUGGCAAAAAGUGGUCGACCAAAAUGGUACAAACUUGUUUAUUUAUUUAUUUAUCACUAUAAAUAUAAAAAAAUAAGUUGAAGUUUAAUUAGAAAUACGAAAAGACUUUUUCGGCUACCCAAUACUUUAAUGGCUAGAAAUUUUAUUUAACUUUUCUUUAUAUAUAUUUAAUCGGUGUUCAAAAAUUGUUGAAUAAUUGCAAAAAUCCGUUGGCCUCGGACCAGUUCAUUUUCGAUUCGUGUUUUUCCUAACUAGUUCGUUGCUUCACCGCAGGGAUUUAGGACACAGGUCGGGGGAAUUGUACAAAAAAGUAGUGGAUCUGCAGAAUGUUGGUAGUUAAAUAUUAAAUGUAUUAUACAGAGUUACAAAAUAAAGUAUUAAAUGUCCCGCAAUGAGCUGAUGGCAUAUUGCGAAACCAAAGUUGCAUAUAAAUAUUUAAUAUUUAAGUGGAUGUGUUAGAAAUAUUACUGUUUACAUGUGUUUCGAUAUAUCUACUAUAAUUAAAUACCAUCAGAUAGACCAAAAAAUUAUUUAUAUCAAUAACUGAGCAAAUUCAAGUAUUUAGUGAUUGCGGCAGAGCAGAAACGUUAUCGAUUGCGUAACCAAAUUGUAUUUUCAUGUAAAUUUAAGUUACGAGUAAGCUUGCUUAACCUAGAAAACAAUUAGAUACUCAAGCGUCGAGAAUCUUAAAAAAUCAAGCAUAAAGACAAUCCUCAAAAUGGCAAAAAAAAUACUGAUGAGGUUAUAUUGAAUUUUUUUAUUUGAAUAAGUGUGUGUGCGUAUGUGUUUUACUGGUGAACAACGGUGCAAGCAAAAAUUAUAAAUUCGCGCGUUAAACGAAGAAUAACUUUGCCAUCUUACGUUUUCAAUCCUUGGCACAAAUUACGGUAACCUGAUCUUGGCUUAACAUACAAAUUUAAAUGUUUUAUUUCGGUUUGUACCACAUUUUUAAGUGCACACUACCUUUUGUGAUAUUUAUACAUUUAAUUUAUGAAAAUAGAAUAUGGAAAUUCCAGUAUAUGGACAAGCUUAUGUGAAUGGUGAUCGAAAGAGCUAUGUUGAAAGAAACUAUAAACAUUAUUUAAUAUACUGCUUAUGAACUCAAUUAGCAACAGGCAUUUUGUAAUGUACAAGAAAAGUGGAAAAUUUUGCAACUUGUUAAAACAUAAAUGUUUUUUUGCAAAAUAACCCAAGAGCAGCUAAUAAAAAAUAUUUUGAAUGAAAAAAUA